UCGCCUUUACAAAUUUUCAUAUUUCCCGUAACAGAAAUCAUUGUUUGGUCAACAUUCAAACGAGUUUAAAAGUACAAAACCCUCACAAGUUUCCCCAAAAAAGGCAUAAACCCUCACAAGCCACAAUCCCGAAUUCCUGUACCCGCCGUAUCCGCCUCUGCAACAUGGAGGAGCCACCGACACAAAGCUUUCUCUACGAAACCUUACCCGCCCUCUCUCUUCCCACCCUCAACCAAUCUCCGCCGCCGCCCGAUGACCUCGAGCCCUACUCUGUUUUCCGCAACGAAAUUACUCUCUCCACUCCCCAAUGCGCUCCGGUCGACACCGCCGCCCCCGAUUUCUUCUCCCUCGACGUCACCGCCGAUGAACCUGACCCAAUUCUUUCCUCCUUGUCUUCUGUCCGCCUAGCGGAGCCAUGGACGCCGCUUUACCAAUCCGAGCCGACGACGCCGGCUCUUGAAGUCGAGCCGAAGCUAGAGAGCGGGUGGUUUCGUGGCCAUUGUAAAUUCAAGAGCCCUAUGCUUCAGCUUCAUAAAGAGAUAGUGGAUUUUUGUGAUUUUCUGUCUCCAACCCCAGAAGAACAAGAGUCACGCAGUGCAGCAGUACAACGUGUCUCUGACCUAAUCAAAUAUAUAUUUCCUCGAUCCAAGGUUGAAGUUUUUGGGUCAUUCAACAUUGGCGUUUGCAACUUUGUGCUCUUCAUUGCAUUGAUCAAGGGUGCAGUAUCUAAGUGGCCUCCUUUGCGGCCUUUAUGUUUGAUUUUGAAAGUCUUUUUACAACAGAGAGAACUAAACGAGUGGCGGAUCCACAGUGGGGUCAUUGGGGUCGCGCGACCCCUUGGAAGCCAUGGAAGCCACCUUAGAGACCCCUUGGAGCUGAUGGGCGACCCCUGGUGCGACCCCGUUGGCUGCACACCAACUGUUCGACGAAAGGUCGUCGGUUUCUGGGCAGGUGAUGAAGAAGACGAAGGCACUGGGCCCAAGAGAGACAGCCCAAUUGGAGCAAUUAAACUUAAGAGUGGAGAAAUGCAGCAUACCCAGAUGGAAUUUCGCCUCUUUCGGCAGCUAAGCAAGGAUUUGGAGCUGCUUCUGGACACCCCAAUUGAGUACAACUUUGUCCUGCAGCUUGAGAGAAAAGCAACCGAUUUUGUAGUGGUGGGCCGAACAGAAAUUGGAGGCAAAGAGGAUGAGAGCCUCGGGGAAUGUCGAGCUCUGGAACAAAACUUGGGAGUUCUUUUGAGUUUUGUGGACCAUGGAAGUCACCUCAUUGUUCUAGUUCUUAGCUUCAUUAUCAGAUAUGGACGCAAAUUGAACACUUCAGAUGUUGGUGUAUCGUGUAACGGAGCAGGCACCUUUUUUAAAAAGAGUGUUAAAGGGUUCAGAAGCAAUGGACGACCCUUUCUUCUAGCCAUCGAGGACCCCCAGGCACCGGAAAAUGACGUCGGGAAGAGCUCCUUCAACUAUUUUCAGAUUAGAUCAGCUUUUUCAAUGGCGUACGCUACAUUGACAAACCCUAAGGUCAUCAUGUGCCUAGGGCCAAACAGGAGCAUUCUCGGUACCAUAAUUAGGCCUGAUUCGACAUUGGUGGAACGCAAAGGAGGGCCUGGAAUGGUAACUUUUAAUAGCUUGCUUCCUGGAGCAGGGGAGCCAGUUCAGCUAGAGCAUGAUGAUCAGGAGUUACCAGGCAAUUGGCAGUUAGAUGAUGAAGAUGAUCCCCUGCCGCGGGGACAUGAUUCUGCUGCAGGUGACAGUGGGCAAUCAUCAGGAAAGAAGAGGAAAGCUUCAUUUAAAGAGAAGUCAAGUAAGAAGGGAAAAGAAAAUGGGGAGGUGGGGAAGAAGAUCAGAUAUGAAGAAAAUGGCUCAAGGCGAGAGAAGAGCGGGCAUGAGGAAAAUGGCUCAAGGAAAGACAAGGGGAAAAAGAAGAUGAGGAGGCAGAGACAUUCCCAAGAUAUUGCCAAUAGUUUUGGUCCUUAUGGUGGUGCAUGGACUCGGUAGAAUCCUUCUCGUGCCUGUAAGUUGCCAUGUUCUUGAGGUGUCUGGUUUUCUUUUCCACUGCUAGUGGAGGUCCGAUGAGCAUUGUCAUUCACGGACCUAGGAUACUGCACAACAUGCUGCUGUUCACCCGUAAUAGAAAUGCAGUACUAAGUUGAGCCUCUGUGCUGACAUUGACUGCUCGUUUACUGCAUUUACGUGCAUAACAGGCAUUUACGUGCAUAACAGGCGCGUGUUGAGCUUGCGAUGAGUUACCGUCACCUGUAUGCAGCACAUCAAAACGUGUUCUGCAAGGUGAGACUAUUUAACCAUUUUUGACUUGGUGCAGUGAUCCGAGUGUUCGGCUCGGAAAUGUAACAGAAACUUAACAUUAUGUUGUUAAUUGAUGUAGUCACAUCUUUCUCGAUAGAAAGAUAAAUUUAACGUCGUUACUUCCUUGCC